CGUCGAUAAGAUUGCUACACUUCUGGAUUGACAAAACUCCAGAAAAUUAGAUGAAAAUUAAAUCAAUUACAAAUUUUUAAGUGUAUCAAAUUGAAUCGAUGUUUGGGUGUCGCUACUUAAAUUGCAAUCGAGUGGAAGCACAAUGAGCUCGCGCGGAACGAGCGCCGGACCCACGCUCAAUUUUAAAGCAGUGCUGCUGGGCGAAGGUUGUGUGGGCAAAACUUCGCUGGUGCUGCGCUACAUAGAAGAUAAGUUCAACACACAUCACUUAAGUACGUUGCAGGCGUCUUUCGUGACCAAAAAGGUGACGCUGCCUGAUGAGCGACGUGCACUGCUCAACAUUUGGGAUACGGCCGGGCAGGAGCGCUUUCAUGCACUGGGCCCCAUCUACUAUCGGGGAUCGGAUGGGGCACUGCUGGUCUACGACAUCACCGAUCAGGACUCAUUUCAAAAGGUCAAGUCGUGGGUGCGCGAACUUAAGCAGAUGCGUGGCAGCGAAAUUGCGCUGGUCAUCGUGGGCAACAAGACUGAUCUUGAGGAGCAGCGUGCCAUUAGCUAUGAGACGGCACUGCUCUAUGCGCAGACAGUGGGCGCACAGUACGUGGAGACAUCCGCCAAGGAAAAUGAGGGAGUCCAUGACCUCUUCGAGCUGCUUACCCAACUAAUGGUGGAGCACCAUGGAAGCAAACAGCAGAACGAUACCAAUGCACUGCGCCUGCAGAACACCGGACUAGCGCCAAAUGCCGGCGCCAUCAGCAUCUCGGACGACACUGAUGCGGAUCAGGAGAGUGGCUCUGCUUCCUCACCAAAUCGCUCCUGCUGUGGCAUCUAGGCUGCUAGGCAGUCGUCUAUUGUGAUAAUACAUAUGUACUAGUAGAUCUAUAAUCGAUGUGUAUUUGUAUAUAAUACGUAAAUUUAUGUAUCCCCCAUACCAUGUCGUACUAAUCUGCAGGCAUGCGUAUGCGAUUCAGUUACCAGUUAAACCGUUUUGCAUUGCUAACCCCAUUCCCCCCCCCCCCCCCUCCCCUCACAAGAGCGUUCUAGUAUUUUAUUUGUAUCCACAUUUUGGUUUUGUUCACUCUUGUGCAACUUUUCGAGUCACUCUUGUUUGUUUACCCUUUUUUGGCAAUCGUUAAUUAAAGUUUUUGUAUACGUCAGUCUAAUCACCUGUGAGUUUUGUGACUAUCUUAAGACCGCACGCACAUUAAUUCUGCAUGUAUCAAUGCGGACGGGGCGGGACUUAUGUGGAACGAUAAGCGAGGUGAAUAGGUCUCUAUCGCACGCAAUUACAAUGAAAUUAUGAUAAAUGUUAAUGCUUAGACGAUUUGUCACAAAGCACCGCAAAGUCUAAACAGUGUAGGCAAAUUUAGUUUCAGUGAUAUUAACUUGUUAUUCCUCUUAUUGUACCAAUAUUAUAAGUGUGGGUUCUCUUAUACGAACAUUAAACUAAUGAGUAUAUAAAUAACA